CAUCCAUGUCUUUGGGGACCUCUGAUCUCCUUAUGAACUCAACAUUCAUCUAGAAGACAUUUCCCGCACUCAAGGCACUAAUACACCUCCUCGAGUUGUGUGGGACCCCUGAUGUACAGGAGGACAGGACUUCAGUGAGGAACAUUUCCAUCACUCAGGACAGGAAUACGGCUACUCCCCUGUGUGAGAUCUCUGAUGUCUGUGAAGAUGGGACUUAUCUGAAAAACAUUUCCCGCACUCAGAACAGGAAUAUGGCUUCUCCCCUGUGUGAGAUCUCUGAUGAAUGGAAAGAUGGGACCUCACUGAAAAACAUUUUCCACACUCAGGACAGGAAUACGGCUUCUCCCCCGUGUGAGAUCGUUGAUGUAUGUAAAGAAUGGACUUCACUGAAAAACAUUUCCCACACUCAUGACAGGAAAAUGGCUUCUCCCCUGUGUGAGAUCUCUGAUGUGUGGAAAGAUGGGCCUUCUGUGAAAAACAUUUCCCGCACCCAGGACAGGAAUGUGGCUUCUCACCUGUGUGAGAUCGCUGAUGUGUGGAAAGAUUGGACUUCUGUGAAAAACAUCUCCCGCACUCAUGACAGGAAUACGGCUUCUCCCCCGCGUGGGAUCUCUGAUGUGUGUAAAGAUCGGACU